AUGAGCAUCAAGAAAGGUAACGCCAUGGGUGAUAUGGUACACUAUACUCGUAUGAGCUCCUUGGACGAGUCAGAUGUUAAUGAUUUGUGUAGAAUGAUCCUCAAUCUCAGUGGCUCUGUGGAUGUUCUGACACAAACCGUGGAAACCGUGAACACAAUUAUGGACAAUCGACUUUCCAAGCUUGAACUGAAUACGGGGAACAAGGAGGAGACCAAGGAGGAGCACAAGGAGGAGAACGAGGGGGGCGAGCCUUCCCAAGCCAAAGCAAGAAUCACCAGAAUCGAACCAUUGACGAGCGAUAUCAAAAGUGUUACUGUGAAGAUUACCAAAGGUAACGUGUGUUUUGAGGCUGGCCAGUUUAUGGGUGUCUACGAUGGUCGAAGAACUGGCUUGGACGUUGGUAACAGCAUUUUUCCAGGGACAUACUCCGUGGCUUCUCCGCCCAGUGCUCUCCCCUUCAUUACCUUUGCAAUUGGUCAAGAUAAUAAUCCUCGUAGUCUGAGGAACUUUCUCUACAAUCAAGCCAAAGUUGGGGAUCCCAUCAUGUUGGACCAGAAAGGAUCUGGCACUGUUGCCAUUAGCCCUCGCAUGGUGAUGACCCCCAUGGGAGGACCUGGCGGAUUGGUACUCAUCGGAGGCGGAUCUGCUGUCAUGGGACUUGUGUCGAUUGUGGAGGAACUCCUCUCCGAUAAGGAAGGUCAAAAAAUUCCCUCUAUCACUCUCAUUCAUUCCAACCGAUCCAACACGAAUGUCCCCUUCUAUGAGAGAAUGACACGGCUCGACAAGGAAAUCGCCCAGUUCCAUUACAAGCUGUUCAUCACCGGUGAUACGAUGGGACCUUCAGAAAGCCCCAGGGGUGCUGUGGGAAGGGUAGGCGUUCGUGACUUGGUGAACGUAAUCCCCGGAGCCCGUCUUUUUUGCGUCUGCGGAAGUGGUGUCUUUUGCGAAGCAAUGGUCAAUUCCCUGUUGAAUCUAGGUGUGUGGCCAGGAAGCAUCCGAACCGAUUACACCACAAGAGUUGAUCCUGCUCGAAAGCUCCAAGAGAUUGAUGCGGCCAAAGUCCACCAAACGUCCUCAACUCGGUUUGAAUCUUGUUCCGAUGCAACUCAAUCCAAGGGUACAAUGGUCUCUACUGACAGUGGACAGAACUAUUUGAAGACCUAUGGCAUUGACAUUCUCCUCAGCAAGAUAGCCUCCCGGUUGGAAGAAGAAAAGCCUGACUAUCCAUUGGAGUUUCUCAAGGACGAGAUCCAAAAAGCACAAGAGGUUCUACCAGAGAUCAGCAACAGCAAUGCCGGCGAUCCAGAGUUUUGGAUCAACUAUUACGAAACAGACAUGGUAACUUGGCAAGCCCCUGUUGUGAGUCCCUGGUUGGUGAAGUACCUCCCUGACUUAGUGGGAUCAUCAUCGGCGUCAAAGCGAGUUUUUGUGCCUCUCUGCGGCAAGAGUUUGGAUCUCAAGUUCUUGUUGGAUAAUGGCCACCACGUCAUUGGCGCCGACUGCAGCGGCAUUGCUUGUCAAGACUUCUUCAAAGAGAACGAUAUCCCUGACUACAUCCAAGAAGUUGUAGCUCACCCCGAAGGCAAGCGUAUUGUUCGUCACAAGUCCAAAUCACUUCCUAUUGAGCUCUAUGAAGGUGAUAUCUUUGACUUGACUCCUACAAUUAUUGGCGGCACCGUGGAUGCUGUGUUGGACCGAGCUGCACUAGUAGCCCUCCCCCCACAGAUCAUUCAAAACCAAUACUUGCCUCAUAUUACCAAGCUGCUCAACAAGCAAGCUGGUGGCAAGGUGUUGUUUGCAUCUGUGGCAGAGCUACCAUUUCCCAAGGCCCCACCUCAUACAUAUGAGCAGAACAUGAUUGAAUCAAUCCUGGCUUGCUUUUUCUCAAAGAUUGAGCUCAAGGAGACUCAUCGUUACCGUGUGAAUGCUGGAUAUGUCUCGGAGCCCAUCUAUUUGUUGGAAAACGGCGGUGACGACGACGAGUUGGGCGCAUGGUGUUAA